ACCAAGUCUGACAUAGCGUGAGAGGAGUAAAACGAUGAUCUCGUUCUACGAUUGUGUACGCCGAGUCGUGCCUGUCGCGACGUUCCAGAAGGCUAAUAGAGAGACUGACAGAUCGACAGCGGAGAGCAGAAAUCCACGGGAGGGGUUGGCACGAGGAUCGAUCGAGAAUUAGCUCUCGUGGAUGUCGGAUCGAAGCACGCGCGCGACCAAGAUGGAGAAUCUCAAGAAUGGGGACUCGCUUGUCGCUGGCACGGAGACAUCACUCAGCUAUCGACUCCACGGAAGAUCCGAGCUGAAGCUACGAAGCGUGAGAACGGCUAUCUAUGGAGCAUCGCUAUUGUGUGUUGCACUCGUGAGUCUUGUGUCGGACAGAAGAAGCCGCGAGAUGCCCGUCAUGGGCGCGGGAUGGGAGUUUCUCUGGUCACGGCUGGGACGAGGCUGGGAGGCGGGUCGAGUCGUUCGUGGCAGCGAGGGAUUCCUGUUGGCGAACGGACAAUGAAAGUGGCUCAAUUUGGCGACAUCGAUAAAAUGCCGAGGAUCCCCCGCGGGGAUCUCUAGAUUCACACGCCAAGGGACGGCGAAGCCCGUAGAGAUGGGAUAAUUCUCGGUAGUUUUCUGCGCUACCAAUGGAAAUUUGGCCGGUUUCGUUAAACGAGAACGGGACGCGCCUCGGUAAUUGGUAAUUGGACUGUAAUUAAGUAGAGAGCCGCGCUUCCAUCGCUGUGAUUUCAAUGGGGACCAAUUCCAAUUAUUUAUUUCAAAAUAUAUAUCGUAUUAGAAAACUAGUACAAAUAUU